CACUUGUAGUUUCCCCCGACUUUCUUCCUUCACUGAAAUCGAGACCAGUGUUUGAUAUCUUUAUUACUUUUACUUUCACUCAGGCCUUGUCUCGCCCGCCUCCGCGUCAAUAAGAUAUGGUGUCCCUGUGUUCCUUGCCGCGCGUGCUGUCAUGGGUGGCGCGGCCUGAGACGUGCGAGGCUGAGGGUCGCUGGUGCCUUGCUGGCGUUGACUGGCGGGUGGCAGCAGCACGCCCGCUCGCCCAAUGAUAAGGCCGAUCAAGGUGCCAGUAGCUCGUUGGCCGCGCUAGGGGUAGGGUGUCGGUGUCCCUCGCUCCGGCCCUCGCUAAGUGGCCCUGCGUGACGUGACGCCGCACGCCACAGCCACAAGCCAUGCACUAAACAUGUCUGCACUUCUCUGACAGUUCCCGCUCUCUGAACCGACAAGCGGGGCACGCAGUGGACACUUGUAAAAAGUUUCCUCAAAGUUCUCUCGCUUCCCGAUGAAGUGUUUGGUGGCGACAGGAAGGCGUGCUCGAGCUGACGCUGCAUGAGGGCACCGCUGGCCAUCCAGGACUUGGCGAGGCAGCGCACUCAGGCCACGAUGAGUCCCCGCUGGCUGUGCCCUGAAGGAGGCGAGUGAGGAGCCGCGCCAAGGUAGGUCACGGGUCGCGCCUGCCUCACCGCCACUCGAACCAGAGGGAACCUGAGAAGCGCUGAAGGUUCCUCUCAGUGUCCCGGGACGGCGCCGUGGACGAGGCGUGACUCUGUGUGAGCCACGAGCCGCUAAGUCAACCAGUGUGAGCCAGGCCAGGCCGCCCCCGCAGCCAUGGCGUGUGGGCGGUGGCGUGGUGCCUGGGUCCUCGCUGCCACGCUUCUUAUCCAAGGCGGUGUCACCAUUCGGAUCACGCGAGUCAAGGUGCCGCCGACGCUGGAGGUGGGCGGGGCGGGGGAACUGGAGUGCGUGUGGGAGGAGGAGCGGGACCACAUCUAUUCCAUCAAGUGGUACCAAGGGCCGCAUGAGUUCUACAGGUACACGCCGACCGCGCCCCAGCCAGUGCAGAUCUUCGACCCUCCGACCCUCGAUGUGGAUCGGGAGCGAUCGUGGGAGGGCAUCGUGCGGGUUGCCAACGUGAGUCUUGCCGCUGAGGGACUCUUUCAUUGCGAGGUGUCUGCCGAUGCCCCAACCUUCCACACAGCCUCAGACAGCGCCAGCAUGAAAGUGGUUGACCUUCCCGACGCAGCGCCGCUCAUCAAGGGGGUUAGAGUGCAAUACCUGCCGAGCGACUGGGUGGACCUUACCUGCACCUCUGGACGCUCAAGACCCGCCGUCACCCUCGCCUUCACCCUCAACGGCGCCCCGGUUUCAGAGAGCUGGUUGGAGCCUCCUGAGAACGUAAAGGACCAGGACGGCCUCACCACCUCCUCCUUGCGCCUCAGGUUUUCCCUACAGUCCAGUCUCCUACGGGAGGGCGAGGGGCACGUGACCUGUGUAGCGGAGAUCCCUAACUCCUACCGCCAGGAGACCCACGCGGUUCUCACCACACGCCCGCCCUACCACGCCUCCGUACUGGGCGCCGGACCCACUACAGGUGUCAGACCCACGGCGGCCUCCACCUGCCUGCUCGUGGCCGUGUCUUCCCUCCUGCAGUGUCUCCUUCAGCGCCUCUGAGUCUCCGCUGAGUAGAUGAGUCGCCAGUCACGCCGUCAACUCAUCAGCGGAACAACCCCCAAGUCACUGAGCUCAUCUCUCGGCCAUCAGUCACGUCAGUCAUAUCACUCAUGACUCACUCAUUCACUCACUCACUCGUUACAUCUCUCACGCAUCACUCAUUCAUCACUAUUCAUAUUCACUGGUGUGUAACGUCAUUCACUCUCGCCCCGUGAGUCACAUGUACUUUCAUUCAUGUGUCAUGUUCACUUCCUUACACGAAUCUUCUUACCUGUACUAGAUUAAUUACAAGGCAUUCCCAGGUGAACUCUAAAACAACUAGUACUCUACAUUACAGUGUGGAAAAAUAAAUACAAGGAAGAGAAAUAUACCGAAAUGUGUAAAAACGGAGAGCAAAUCAAGUAUCGCUCUCUGAAACUAAAUCGUGUAACAUGAGUUUUCAAAUACGUGUUUAAAUAUUCAUCAGGUGAAAAUCUUUUCCUGCAUGAUAAGUGUUAACCGGGUGGUCCCACUUUAAAGCGUCGUUCGCAUGAUCAUUGUGAUGGUGAUGGUGAUGGUGGUGGUGAUGGUGACGGUGAAACUAAUGAUGAUAUUGAUGAUGAUAAUAGUAAUGAUAAUAAUAAUAGCAAAAAAAAAUAAUAAUAAUAACGACACCACCACCAACACCACCACCAGCACCAACAAGAACAACAAAUAAACAAACAUAUAAACAAACAAACAAACACACGGAUCAUCUGCAAACAAACCUCCACCUCACCCCCCCCCAAAAAAAAAAGAAAAAAUGAUAAUCACAGACAAACACGUUCUUCGUAAAUGAGGCAAAUAUAAUCAUUUUUCCUUUUUCUUUUUUAUCUUUUUGUUUGUUUGUCUCUCUGAAAGUGAAAUAUUCGCGUCACGUUAUCAUUCACAAAAGGUAAUUGGAGUUCACACACAUUACCAAAACGUUCUCCUUUCUCUCCCUUACUUUUUUUUUCCUUUAUUUUUACUUUUAUCCUCACCUAGUUAGUUAAUUCUCUCUCUCUCUCUCUCUCUCUCUCUCUCUCUCUCUCUCUCUCUCUCUCUCUCUCUCUCUCUCUCUCUCUCUCUCUCUCUCUCUCUCUCUCUCUCUCUCUCUCUCCUCAUCUGCAUUUUGUUCAUCCCGCUAUACAGUCACAGUAACUCUGCUUGGUAUGUCACUGUCACACUCUCACUAUUACACUCUCACUAUGACACCCUCACUAUCACACUCUCACAGUCACUCUCUCACUGUCACUCACCAUUAAGUAAUUUUUCUCUAUCUUCCUCACCAUCAGGCACUCUUAUAUCUCCAAUUAAUAUUAUUUUACAUCACUAUAUUCAUUCAUUCACUUUCAUUUCGCUAUUUUUGUUCACCUUAUACCAUUGUUUAUAUGUCAUUUUCCACUCACUCACUCAUUCACUCACUCAUUCAUGACUAUCACGGAAUUAACACUGACUCACCCAUCGCCAAACAUUCUCACCAUCUCACUCACCUCACUCACCUGAGCACCAGUAGGUAACACUAAGCACUCAGCCCCCAGGUGUUACUCAGCGCUACCUGGUGAGUGCCGAGUGAGUUACUGAGAGAAAAUAUUGAUUAUCUAAGUAUUAUUAUUAUCAUUAUUACUCUUAAGUUGUUUACUGUUGUGUUUUGAUGAAUGUUUUGUAUACUUAAUGACUGACAAACACACACACACACACACACACACACACACACACACACACACACACAAUGACAUUCUCUCUCUCUCUCUCUCUCUCUCUCUCUCUCUCUCUCUCUCUCUCUCUCUCUCUCUCUCUCUCUCUCUCUCUCUCUCUCUCUCUCUCUCUCUC